AAGAAGAGCUCUUAACUACCACGCACUGAUCCCAAGGGUCAUCGCUCUCACCUCACAGUUUCUUUCAUUCACAUUCAAACUUUGGCAUUCAGGAACAUACAUUAACUCCAAAUCUCAUUAAUUUCACCUGUUUGGUACUGAUCUCUCCACCUCCUUUAGUCCCUCUCAUUUCACACUGCUAUUGUGUCUUCCUUCUCUUUCUCUCACAUGUCCUCCUCAGCCGACCUGCCGGCGGCGACCGGAGUCGGCCUUGGAUACGGCAUCGCCAUCGCCGUGAGCCUCCUCGUCCUCAUCUCCACCAUUAUGCUCGCCUCCUACGCCUGCGUCCGCGUCAAGUCCCACAACCUCCGAGCCACCUCCGAUGGUGACGCCGACGUGGCAGACUCAACGCCGCAUGCUGCGGAGACGAUGGUGGCGGUGGGGAUGGACGGGGCGGCUGUAGAGACGUACUACCCGAAGCUCGUGCUGGGGGAGAGCAAGAGGCUGCCGAAGCACAACGAGGGGGGCCAUUGCUCGAUAUGCUUGGCCGAGUAUGAAGCCAAGGACGUGAUACGGUGCGUCCCCGAGUGCAGCCACUGCUUCCACGCCGACUGCGUCGACGCAUGGCUCAGGGUCAACGCCACGUGCCCGCUGUGCCGGAGCUCGCCGGCUCCCACGCCGCUCUCGGAGCUGGUCCCCCUGGCCAUCAACCCCAGGUGACAUUGGUUGGGUUGAGUUCUUUCGUUUUGUCUCGGUUUCGGGUAAUGUCUUAUAUGUAGUGUAGUUGCCAGUCUCUGAGAAGAAACACGAGCAUGCAUGGUGUUUUCGCCUGUUCUUUUUCUUUUCCCCGAGGAUGGUGAAGGAUCUCCAGUAAUCCGUAUGUAAUAUGCAGUGCAGCUCAAUAGAGAAUAUUCAAGAGAGGAUUUGUUUCACAAA